AUGUCUUCCAUUGCAUCAGGGCUUAACAAGGCCCUACCAAAGCCUAAGUAUACUGGCGAGGAAGAAGAGCUGCCUGCACAUGCACGACCCCGUGGUCCUCGUGUGGUCGGCGCCGACCAAAUCGAUGAAAGCCAAGUUGUUUUACGGAGAACUGGCCCUCCUCCCUAUGGAAACCGCACAGGAUGGCGCCCACGAGGCCCUGAAGAUUUUGGUGACGGAGGUGCUUUCCCCGAGAUUCCUUUGGCACAAUACCCCCUCGAUAUGGGCAAAAAGGGAGCAGCGUCCAAGUCAAAUGCGCUUGCGGUACAGGUGGAUGCGACUGGCAAGGUCAAAUACGACGCGAUCGCGCGCCGCGGCCACACCGAUAAUAAAAUUAUCCAUGCUUCAUUCAAGGACUUGAUCCCACUGCGACAGCGGGUGAACAUGGGAGAGAUCUCACUCGACCGACCUUCAGAGGAGGAGGUUCAUGCACAGAUGGAAAAGACUAAGGCCGCAUUGGCUAUUUUGGUCGACGGCGCUGUGCAAGCACAGAAACCCAAAAGUGCACUCGGUGGUAAAAGAGCAGAUCCCACAUUUGUCAGAUAUACCCCAGCCAACCAGAUGGGUGAUAACUCUCACAAGAAUGAUCGGAUUAUCAAAAUCGUGCCAAAGGAGAUCGAUCCGAUGGAGCCACCCAAAUUUAAGCAUAAGAAGAUUCCUCGCGGUCCUGGAUCGCCGCCGCCGCCAGUUAUGCAGUCACCACCACGAAAGCUCACAGCGGCGGAUCAAGAAGCCUGGAGAAUUCCCCCUCCCAUCUCGAAUUGGAAGAAUCCUAAGGGUUUCACAGUCCCUCUAGACAAGCGUCUCGCCGCAGAUGGCCGUGGAAUGAGCGAUGUGACAAUUAACGACAAGUUCGCCCAGUUCGCCGAGGCUUUGUUCACCGCCGAUCGACACGCCCGUGAGGAGGUACAGCUCCGAACCCAGAUGCAGGUCAAACUCGCAGAAAAGGAGAAGGCACAGAAGGAAGAGACUCUUCGACAAUUGGCUCAGCAGGCCCGUGUAGAUCGCUCUGGACCCAGCCGUGCCCGUGUCCGCGACUCCCGGUCUCAUUCUCGCGAUCGAAGUGCCAGUCGCAGUGUUGCUGAUCGCUCCGUUAGCCCGAGUGAUGGCGAAGAGGUCCAAGAGCGCGAGCGUGAGCGUCGUGAGCGACGACAGGAGAAUGAGCGGCAGCUACGCCAGUCCCGUAUGGGUACGGAGCGUCGCAUCCAGGCUAUGGCACGUGAGCAAAACCGUGAUAUCUCCGAGAAGGUUGCUUUGGGACUGGCCAAGCCUACUCAAAGCGCCGAAACUAUGUGGGAUUCCCGUCUGUUCAACCAGACUAGUGGUAUGAGCACUGGUUUCAAUGAUGACAACCCAUAUGACAAGCCAUUGUUUGCUGCGCAAGACGCUAUUAACAGUAUCUACCGCCCGCGUGCCCAGGCCGACGUCGAUGACGGCGAUGGAGGCGAGGCCGAGAUGAACAAAAUAAAAAAGGCCAGUCGCUUCGAAGUCCUGGGACGGGCUAAGGAGGGAUUCCGUGGUGCUUCUGAUGCCGAGGAGCGCCAUGGGCCUGUUCAAUUCGAAAAGGAUACUGCGGACCCAUUCGGUAUCGAUCAGAUGAUUGCCGAAGCUUCGACUGGUACUAAGCGAUACGGCAUUCAAGAGACCGAGGACGAUCGUGGAUCGAAGCGUGCCCGAGUCGAUGAUGACUAA